UGUUCUUCUGAUUUGUGACUGCCUCGAACAGAUAUUUUUGGUAGUCUAAUCCAUUUGACAGCCAACCGUUCGGAAUUUCAAUGGCGUUUUCAGCUUUCUCGGCAUCGGCAGGUUGCUUCAAUUCCACUACAGUAAAAGCAAUUGGAGGUUGUAGCAACCAUAAGCUCAACCUGAUUGACAACGGUCUCCACUAUUCUCCAGCUGCUCGAUUCCCUCACCUGAAUGGCAAGGCUGCGAAGAAUGAUCGGAACACAAAACCUAAUAGCAUGAUUUGUGGCGAUUGUGAUGGCAAUGGUGCUGUUCUUUGCUCACAAUGCAAAGGAAGUGGAGUAAAUCCUGCCGACGUAUUCAAUGGUCAGUUCAAAGCCGGCGAAUCUUGCUGGCUAUGCGGUGGGAAAAAGGAUAUGCUGUGCGGGAAUUGCAAUGGAGCUGGCUUCAUUGGAGGUUUCCUCAGCACUUAUGAUCAAUAGAAUUAUAUAUUUUUCAUGACUGAUACUCAAUUAUUUCUACUAAUUUAUAUACUGUUGCUGAACAACACUUCUCUUAGAGUAUUGUUAGUUGUGUAUAUGCUUGUACAUAUAUAUAUUUUGAAUCUGUAUUUACCA